CGGGCCGGGCGCGAUCGGCCGAUCCACGGGGGCUUCCGGCGUGGGCCCCCACGGGCUUCUCCGGGCCGGCCUUUCCGCUCCUGGCUGUAGAAGAAAGAGCAGGGCCAGGCGUUCUUACCUCUAGGCAGCGCUUGCGCUUCUGAUGGAGACAGCUGGAGACUGUGGGAAGUCACAUGCCAGAGUGAGUCACAAUCCCCCGACACACCUGCAAGAGGUAGAACCCUGCGUGGCAAAGCGGCGCUUGUCACAGGCAUGCCACCGGGCUACGCUGGCAGGACUCUUAGGUGGCUUGCGGGGAGCUGUUUUAUCCCAGUCAGACCACUCAGCCUCAAAGUAUCAGGUUUUGCGUAAGACUAAGAAAUCUAUCCAGAAGCUGGAGCAAACCUUGGGUUCUUUGCUGAAGAUGAAAGAGUCCUUCGGUCUGGAGGAUGGAAACCCGUCCAGCUUGGAGGAAGUAAGGGAGGAAUAUGUCAAGAGGCACUUCAGCAAUGACAGCACUGCAUCAGCCGUGGAAACUGUGAGUGAGAGUGACUCUACCGUCUGGUAUUUGAUAGAAGAAUGUGAAAAACAAACACUGGAAGAAGAUGGGAAGCCAGAACUGAUCCAGUCUUCAGACACUUCAUCCCCGGAACUGGUGGAAUUUGAACGAUACCUGUAUUUUUAUAAGCACACAGUGGACCUGCUGAUAGAGCAUGGAAUUGUUUGCAUUGAGGAGGUGCCUCUUCCUGAGGUCUCCACAACUAUUUCCCACCUCUGGCAAGAGCUUUCUGAAGAAAGGAGAGACAGCAUUUUGCAGUAUUGUAGCCAGAGAGAUUUCCUCAUGAACCCUAAGGCUGCUUGCCAGGAGCCUGCGUGCACUGAAGGUAGUGUGAGGGACAGCCAGGGUAACAGUGAGGAAGCCACUGGUUCCUCAGUCUCCACACCAGAAGAAGUAAUGUUUGAAGAUGCGUUUGAUGUUGCUGCUGGUUCCCUUGACAGAAGUGAGACUCAGGGAAUGUCUAGCCAGAGUUCAGCAUUUGCAAGCUGCACUUCUGAAAAUCCAGAGGAUCACCACAGACUCUAUCUGCAGAUCACCGAGUUCCUAAAAAGCCUCUUCUUUGCUAAUACACAGUUUUGCCAGGAAGAAGAUCUUCAGUUCGAUUAUGAGACUGUGAUGCUGAGGUGCACUGAGACCUUCGAUGAUGAAGACUUCUAAACCGUAUCUCUGUUUGCUAAUGUUUUGCAAGUAUUGCCAGGCACACCAGGCAUGUGAAGAAACUGCAUGUCUUUCAGUGAAGCACCUCUCUGAGCAAGGUUUGGAGACACCAUGUUAGAGUGGUUUGUUACCGUUGACUUCCCAUUCCCUCAUCAGUGCUUCUUGAUAUAUCAGUUGAGUAACUUAUAUCUUUAAAAGUUCCAGGUGUUAGAUAUUUAUAAAAACUUAAGAAAUA